AUGCUUGAGAGGAACCAGAUUGAAGUGGCAAUCCUAAAGAGUGACAUUGAAGGUGGGGAGCUUCCAGCAAGGGGGACUUGGAAGCGAGUGUCUCCGGAGGAAGUGUGUGUGGCUUUUCACAGCUUGUGCCGUGAGGCUCUGGAGCAGAGCCGUGCUGAGGAAGAGGACUGGAAGACAAGGAUCUUGAGCUGCCCAGUUCUGCUCACAGUCUUUGACUCGCUGCCGGCAGCACAAUGGCACGCGCAACAAAUUCGAGAAGAUUCCAACCAGCAGGCAUUCCUGGCACUGACAUCGGUGCAACGGAUCUUCGACUUCCAAAGAAGACGGCAAGAAAUCGGGUCCCAUGUGACGCCUGCAGAGAUGGAGCAACUCUAUAAGUCGAACUUGACAGUGUCAGGCAAGAGUGAGUCCAUCACAUCCAAUCUCAUCGCCUGUGCCCUGCGAGUAUGGGACCGUGCGUUCACGAUUGGGCGGGCGCAGAAAGUCAUCCUCGAGCAAGAAGCUCUCCAUACCGAGUCAGUGUUCCAGGGAACCAGUAAACUGGAUGGCAUCGUGAAGAAAUGUGCUUCAGAUGCAGAGAUCGAGUUUGUCUUUCUGCUGAUGGCGGACUUGCAAAAGCAGGGCUUGCUAACAGCUGAGCAAUGCACAUCACGCGCAUUGACGGGCACUGCAUCCACACACCACAAAGGAUUAGUAGACGUCUACAUCAUGAAGCACAAGAUUCGCGCACAUUUGCUGGAGGAAUUCUUGCGGAAAACCUCGACCGGCUGGUCAGAGAAGGUGAUGCAGGAAGUGAAAGCGACCUGCCAGGACAUUGAGGUCUUCCGGAAGCGUCUUGGAAGCACGUCUUCCCAGGAAGUACUACCGGAUCUGGCAUGGAAGGCGGGCUUUCCAGCCUCAGCUGAUUGGUUCUUGGUCUUCGUGGAGGCCUGCAGAACAACCAUGGGUCAUUCAACCAAUAACUAA